CAGGCAGUAAACAGUUUUGUGAUCUUCACAUUUCUAUCAGCAUCAUUGAAAUAUUGUCCUCGCCCCUGAAUACCACCCAGUGGAUCAUCACUAGACUCGAAAAUGGAUAUAGUGGGUUUAGCGUUCGCGACAUUCGGCUUCGUCGAGGGGCUGGUUCGCACAUACGACAAAGUCUCAACCAUCAUUACAGACGCAAAACAAUUCGAUUCCGACCGCUCCAAGCUCAUCGCUAAACUAACUACAGAGAAGGCCGUUACGCUCCAGCUACGUGAUCUACUCUUUGCGCGUGUUCCGACCGCUCAGGACCCUUCAUUCUUUGACCAGUUAGACCGAAGUGCUCAAUUGAGCAUUCAUCGAGUAUUCGAGGGUUAUGCUGGUACUAUUUCGAACUACUUGCCUCUGGAACAGCGGGUUUUAGGCUCGGAAACGACAGUCUCAGGACAUGAAUUGCUUUCUGAAGACAUGAAGCGACUUCAAAUUGAGGCCCUGAAUGCAACACUAUUGCUGGAUUCAAAACCCUCCUCUGCGGAACCAAAACCCAAAAAUAAAGAAGUGUUAAAGUCUAAGACAUCAAUAUUGCGUUGGAUAUUCAAAGACAAGGCUCGUCUGACCAACUUCUACAUGGAGUUUGAGAUGUGGAAUGACAAAGCCAUUCGGCUCAUCGAAGUGCACCUUCUGACCCAUCAAUCUCGACUUGCUCUUAUGGAUUCUCACAUUGGAAGACCAGAAGUACAAAAGUUGGGAAUACGAGAUGCAAUCAAGGCGUCUUCACGCGCAACACAACCGCAGCUUCCCCAGAUCUCCGCAGAGAUAUCAGACUUUGAGAAACCGUGGUCAGCUCUCCAAAACCAAAGCGCCAUUGGCGACCACAGCACCCUCAAACUCGGCAGAUACGACAACAACUUCGUCGUAGUGGACUCCCGAAAACGCGAUGCAGAACUCACAGAAACCCAACGAACCACCGUGACCCGCCGCCUGAACCAACUCUGCUCCAUCCUCGAAAACCUCCACAACAUGGAACCCACCGUUCCUCAAUGCGUCGCCUGGAUGCAAUGGGUCGACAAAAGCGAAACAUCUCUCCUCUACCACAUCCCACCCACGCUAUUCCCACGCCCUUUCUCCCUCCUCGACUGUCUCCCCAAACGCUCCUCCACAACUGGGCCCUCCCUUGACGAACGCCUCCAAAUCGCGUAUCAGCUAGCAGCAGUCCUCGACCGCCUCCACACAGUGAACUGGGUGCACGGAAGUAUCCGGAGCGACAACAUCCUCUUCUACGAGCCAAAGUCCCCUCCAGACGACGAGAGCGACUCGACACACAUCCUCCCUGCCCAAUGGUUCCUCUACGGCUUCGACUACGCCCGCCCAAUCGACGCCACAUCCUCGUUCAAUACGGAUACCAACCUCGCACGCAACAUCUACCGCCAUCCACAACGCUGGGGCGUACCAACAGAAUCAUUCGGCCCCAUACACGAUAUCUACGCUCUCGGCGUGGUACUCCUCGAACUAGGUAUGUGGCGGAAGGCAGGGAGUAUGGUGAAUGUGGUGUCGUCAACAUCGAGUAAUGCGGCGUUUGAGGUGCAGAAGGCAUUGGUGAAGAGGGCGAAGGAGCAUUUGGGGUUUGGAGUUGGUGAGGCAUUUCAGGAGGUUGUGCUCAGGUGUUUGCAGGGGAGGUUUGACGCUGGGAAAGGGAAUCGGGAAGGGAGGGUGGAGUUGGCGAGGCAGUUUAGGGAGAGAGUGGUGGAUGAGUUGAGGUUGUUCGCGUUCCCGAGGUUGGGGGCGAGUCAGAAGAUUUCGGCGGGUUCGUUGGCUCAGAUUGAGAGUGAAAGUGAGGAUUGUUGAUGCACAUGGGGGUAUAUGAUGGCGUGUCAAUGUGCUAUUACAACAGAUCAACAACAACAGACACAUACUGCUUGCUGAUGGUGACCUCACUCGGCGGGGGCCAAGAAGGGACACGACCGAAACCCAUAAGUGCCACGAAACGACUAGGCGACUAGGUUAAGGGUUGGUAGAAGUUGCUCAACCUCAGUGGCAAUGGAGAGUUCUUCUGGAGGAAAGUAGGUUGGUGGAGGUCCAUUGAUGUCAGAAGAUAGAGACUCCGCCGUGGAAUAAUAUUGAUUGAAUUGCUGAGCGCGUUGUGCAGCGCGAGCAGACUGGCGCUGGUUCCUCUGCUGGGCUACCCUUGAAGCUUUUUUUCUUCACUAGAUGCGUAUUUUCGAGGUCGGCCUCUUUUGGGCUUGAGGGGAGAAGAGGUUGUUUGAUCCAUCAUAAGUUAUGUAAGUAGAAGUUGGGCAAUAACUAACUAUACAGACUGAAUUAACCACGC